AUGGUUGCUCUGUUUACACCGGGAUGGAGAUCAUUCAAGGGACCUGGCGCCCCAUUCUUUGGCCUUGUGACAUUAGAUUGUGGAAAUGGAAAUCGAUACGUGAUCCGACCAGAUUGUCAUGAAUGGUUUCGGUACAAGUCCACAUUUGAGAAGGUGACAUUGGCUUGUAUGAUCCUCGCAGCUCUCCUUGAGCUCGUCUGCGUCAUCUCGUUUGUGCUCAUUUUUGCGAAAGCGAGAUAUCGACUCGCGGCGCCGGCGGCCGCAAUGUGUGGAUUGGCCGCUUUGCUGUUAGCUAUUGCGAUUAUCUGGUAUGCGAUCAAGUUCGACAGCAAAACGAUGUACAUGCAAUCGACCUCAUAUGAAAUGAUUCACAAUGCACAUCUCGGAUAUUCGUGGUACCUGACAAUUGUGGCAUUCAUCUUUGUGUUGGCUGCGGCCGCUGCAGCUGGAGCAACGAGAGCGUUCGCCAUCGUGGACACUCGACCGCCAGAAAUUGAUCCAACU